GUAUUUCCUUUUAGUUUGGGUACUGCCAUUUCAAGUAAUGAAUCCCGACUAGAUAUGGUCUUUGGAGAGAGUGUGCAUAUCUCUAGUUCUUCUACCGUCGCCCGUCGCUCUUUCUUUGCCGUUACCAUCCAAUCGUCUCCACAACACAACUCCCUUAAUGGCCCCUUGCGUCAAGCACCACUCCCCAUCGUCCAAGAAAACAAGCCAAACGCCUCAGCCCCAAGCCGUUCAUCCACUGUCCUUGCUGCGCCGUCCUCUGUUCCUAGUUCCAUCACCGAAGCCUGAUUAGAAAUCCCAGAUUAAUCCUCAUGUAGCCGCACACGAGAUUUGAAAUUCCCAAAUCGAUUCACCCCCCCUCUCACACCAAGUCACAUGGAAAGAAAAUCUCCAGAGCAUCCUCUUCUCCAGACCAACGCACGGCCUUCUCCACCGCAAGCCUUCUCUCCAGAGCAUCGUCUUUCUCCAGUGAGCUUGCCCCCCGAUGGUGCAAGAAAAUCGCCUUCUCUGCUUGUCUGUGAUUGGCCAAAUCGAGUUAUGCAUGUUGAAGAGUUGAACCUCGGGUCCAGGUUGUGACCACAACAAUAACAAUGUUUUACUCUCAAACUUUUUUGGCGCGAAAGGGGCCGCUGGGAACAGUGUGGUGUGCCGCUCAUCUUCAACAUCGCCUCAAAAAGUCUCACUACAGUUCCACCGAUAUCCCCUCCACUGUUGAUCGAAUCAUGUUUCCAGAAGUUCCCAUUGCCCUCAGAAUGUCGGGCCACCUUUUAUUAGGUGUUGUUCGGAUAUAUUCGAAGAAAGUGGAUUAUUUGUUCCAGGACUGUAAUGCUGUUUUGAAUGGCUUAAGAAAGGCCUUUGCGUCCAUAGAUCUCAAUUUGCCGGAAGAUGCUAGACAGGCACCGGUUCAAUCCAUCACUUUGCCAGACACGUUUGACCUCGAUACGUUGGAUUUGGACCAUGAUAUUUAUGAUGAGGGGUCCCCAGAUAAUAACCUCAAGAGUCGAGAGGAGAUUACGUUAACAGAUCAAAUUCCUAUUGGAAGAGACCCGUAUGUUGCUAUUUCUUUUGAUGAGGAUUUCAUGAUGAUGGAUUACUCACGUCCAGAAGUGUUUCCUGACUCUGAUGUCCGACUGAUGGAGGGGAUUCUCUCUUCACCUCCGGUGAAUGGUAAUGAUGGAUUUCAACAUCCCGAUCCAAGUAAUCAGAGGGAAGAACUUAACUUGAGGCUUAGCAAUGACGAGAACCCUCAAAGUUAUCCACAUGAUGUGGAAUCUAGAUAUGAGAGUCCAAGUAAUCAGACAGAGAUGCUCAAUAAUGAUGCCAGUAUCCCCCAAGAUCUUCCAGAGAGGGAAAUACUACGUGAUUCUGUUCAUGGUUUUGGCUUAGAAAACCUUCCUCCAAUAUUUCCAGAUCGUGGGGACGACCUUGGUGGAAACAACAGAUCCUUAGACCAAACAAUGUAUGAGAAGGAAACCUUACCUCCAAUCAUGGAUGAAAAUUUAUUGUCUGGAGGGCAGUCUUUACCAUUUCAGCAACAUUCAGAAUCACCACCUUCUGCAGCUUCCCAUCGGGCUACCGAGAUUUUUGAUGCACAUGUUUCAUUGAGUGUGCCAAUGGAUAUUUCUCCUGGGCUGGGAAUUAUUCGAUCAACUCCACCUGUUAAGCAGCCAAAAGCAAGAAAGAAGAAGAGAAAACAGUUCUUUGAUGAGUCCACAGUGUUGACUAACAAACUUAUGAAGAAGUCUCUUGAAGAUUCUAGUGAUUUAUUGCGGAAGAAAAGGGAUGUCCCUUGCUCUGCUUUGGGCAUCUGGAAGUUAAACAACACUUUACGAAAGGAACAAGUUUUUCACCAGCCUUUAUUGACAGGGCUGUGUUUGGAUCUUUGUGACAUUUUCAAGGACCUCAUAUCUACAAAACCCCAUCUCAUUUUCUCGGAUGAAACUUUUCCAGAUCCUAAAAUUGCAGCAUCUCCUGCUUCAACAAAUGAAGCUUUCCAAGAGCCGAGGGUUUCACAAUCUCCUGCUGCUACAAUUGUAGCUGUCCCAGUAUCUAGUGAUGCUCAAUCUCCUGCUCUUGUGCCUGAACUUGACAUGGAAAUUGAAUGUCCUCGAAAUAUCGAAGCCUUUGAUGGUGAAAGUUUCUUACCCGAAUUUGUGCCAUCCCAAGCUAGAUUCACGCCUUCUCCUAUUAGAAGAUGUGACUUUACUCCUGCAACAACCAUCGAGACCAGGGUAUCUACACCCCAUCUAGCAGCAUCCACCGGAACUGGUGGGUCUGAGAAGAGAAGAAAAAUGACAUUUUCAGAGGAGCAUCUAAGUCUAAAGAACACUGGUCUCUCAAAUAUUCCUGGUUUGAUGAAUUCUGCCGAAGCAGAUGACCUUUACUUUUUGGAAGAAGAUAACAAUACCCCAACAGCAGGAUCACAAGGAACGGGAAGAAUAGAUUCAUUAUCUGCAAGAACCAGGGCUGUUGCUCAAUAUUUAAAAAGACAUUCUCCUUUCAAUGCAAGUUCUGGAGAUCUCAUUUUGAACAAGACUUUAGAAGGAAGGACAAGAAAGCUAUGUGCCCGCAUGUUUUUUGAGACACUUGUUUUGAAGAGUUAUGGACUUGUCGAUGUUCAACAAGAAGAACCUUUCAGCGAUAUUCGUUUGAAGUUGACGCCUACACUUUCGAAGACUCAAAUUUGAGUUACAAAGUUGGGCCAUGUGCUUACAGGGCCUUCAUGUAUAAAGAUACUGCAAUUCGUAAAUUGCAUCAAAUUUUUUUUAUUUUAAUUGGGUGCCAAGCUGCAACAGAAUUAAAUCUGCUGAGAAAGGUAGAAGGGUCUUUGUCGGCCAAGAAGUGAAUGAGAUUGGCUUUAUUUUUGGGUGCUUCCGAUAUGAGCUUCUGAAAGACACUGAAAGGUUUGAUGCAGUGGCGUCCAACACCUUCAUCGGCAUUUUUUAGGGCUAAGGGUUUUAUGGAGUGGAUUAUAGGUUCGUUUUUGGUUGGGGAAGGAUAGAAGAACGUGUAAUUUAUAAUCGAAAGGGAAGUGAAAAGUGUUUGCUAGUCUUGUGUGCGUGCGUCCCCCAUGCCCAUUUUAUUGCGCAGCACGUUUCGAUCGAUUUGGGCCAUUUUUAAACCACCCCCCCCCCCCCC